CCGAGGGGCUGCCCCGCGGCGCCUCCGCCUCCCGCGCCGACAGAGGCGCUUCGCAGCGCCGCGCUGGCAUGGCUUACUUGGCCGCCCUGUUUCGCGGCAGUCUGGAGCAGGCUGCGCCCGAGCCUCGGGCUCGGCGACGAGCUGGGCGGCAAGGGCGGUCGUCCGCGUUGCCGAUCAGCACGAGGCUGGAGAUGGGCGCGCGCAUUGGCGCUUGGGUCGAGGAGCAAGCAGGAGCUGGCAUCCACUACACUCGCAUGCCGUGGGGUGCCCUCGCCACCAACAUGUUCAACCUGACGCCCUCCAAUGCCGUGGCGCGCCGGCUGAAGCGGGUCUACGCGGAGUGGGCCGGCAAGAGCAAGGCUGGGCGCCUGACCCCAGCAGGGGCGGGCGCGGAGGACCGGCAGCAGAGGAGGCGGCGGUCGGACGACCCGCAGGAACGCAGCCAGCUCCAGCGCAUGUCCUCGUUGAUUGGGUUCGAGCUGCUCCAAUGGUUUGUUGACGAAAUCGAAUCCUUGACGUCGCGCGGUGACUCGUCGCUCAUGCUUGAGCACGCAGUGCGGCUCAGAAGCCAGCUGCUGCAGCAGGGCCAGCGAGAGGAGGACUUGCCCAAGAUCCACAAGGGAUGGCUGUACUUGUGGCGCAAGGAGCAUGGCAUCAGCAUCCGCCAGGGCACCACGCACUUCCAGGUCAGCUACGCGAAGGCGCUGGACCGCGUGAGGUGCAUGUUCGGGAACAUCUUUCGGCUGCGCCACCACUGGUCGCGGUGCCACCCAGGGACGGCGAUGCGAUGGUUCUCGGCAGACCAGAAGCCCAGUUGGAUGAACAACGCUGGCCGCAGACCGAUGUACGCCCGUAGAGGGUCUCGUCGAGUGGCCGCCAAGGAGAACCAUGCAGCCACCAGAGACAGGUACACUAUCCUGACGUGCGCGCAGUCUUGGCAGCCUCUGGACGGCGCGGUCCCGCCUGUGGCAGUGCUCUUCAAGGCUCAGAGCGGGGCACGCCUGCGGCAGGAGCUGCAGGUCCCGCCCUGGAUGCACUUGCAGUUUCAGGAGAAGGGCAGCUACCGAGCAGACGACGUGAUGGACGCCUUAGGCUUUGCUUUGCAGCCUGCUGCAAAGCCGGAGGAUUCAAUAGUCAUCCUGCUCGACUGGUACUCGGCCCACCUCACGGCAGAGGUGCAGCAGGCAAUCAGGGACAUGGGCCACGUGGUGUUGUACCAUGGCGGCGGCGUGACUGGGCUGGAGCAAAUCAAUGACACACAUUUCCACGCCCUGGUACAGCGCCUCAUGGAGCAGAUCGAGACUCGCGUGCUGCACGAGCAGCGGCAGGAGGACCCCUCCAAGAUCGCCAGCUUGUCCCGCCAGGACGUCAUCGACGCCGUCGCAGAGAUGUGGAUGUCCCUGGACCACCGGGGCCUCUCCGAGAAGGGGUACCGCCAGACCGGGCCGCUCCUGGGAGGCGAUGCUGUGCCUGAGGACGUCUUCGUCGACUUCUGGCCCUUCUGGGAGGCGCUGGGCGGGCCGGCACUCUGGCGCCACGCGCAGCAGACGGUGGGUGAGAUGUGGUCCGCUGGCACGCUGUCCUCGUGGGCCGACGUUGACUUGCUGAUAGAGCACCACAAGCCACGCCCGUGCGCCGAGGAGGGGCUCGAGGGCGCGAACUGGGAGGUCGUCCCGGACGAAGAGGAGGAGGGCGACGACGGCGGGGACGACCCUGGCGAAGGCGCGGCUCCCGGGGGCGCCGCUUGCGGCUCGGCGCCGCUCGCCGCGCCUUGCCGCGCUGCCAGGGGCGCCCCAGCGGCAGGCGGAGGUGCGGCGGCUGCUGCGGCGCCGUCGCCCAGCGGCGCGGCGCCGCCGAGCACUCCCGCGAACGCCUCGGCGGGGAGCGGCGCGGCGCCAUCAGGCGCGGCACCCGGUGGCGCCGCUGGCGGCUCGGCGCCGCUCGCCGCGCCUUGCCGCGCUGCCAGGGGCGCCCCAGCGCCUGGCGCCUCCGACGCGGACGACGACUGGCUGAACGAUGGCGGCUCGCUGACGGAGGGCGCCGGGCCUGGCGGCGGCGGCGCUUUGCCGGGAGAGGCCCCAGAGGCAGGCCCUGCCGGCCUGGCAGGAGACGGCGGCGCCCAGCUUGGCGGCGCCGAGAGGGACAGCGGCGGUGCAGAGUCGGGAGGAGCGCCCGAGGAAGGCCCCGGCGACUUGGCAGGAGACCACGGCGGCGUGUGCACCGAGGCCGCGUACCUGUCCGCCCUGAACCACGUGAUGGUCGUGGCGCAGCAGACGCGGAACGAUCGGUUCUUGAAGAGCUGCAGAGCCGAGCUCCAGCGGAGCCACAAGAAGAGGCGGACGUACGAUGCCCCAGAGGCGCAGCGGCUCCGGCAGGCCGCCAAGGAGGCGCAGCGGCUGCGCGAGGCGGACCGGCAGGCCGCGCGGGAGGCCGAGCGGGAGAGACAGGCGGCCGAGCGGCGCGAGGAGGUUCGCGUCGUGGACGCGAAACGGCAAGCCACCGAGGCCCGGAUGGCGGCUUUGGACAAGGCCGCCGCCGCACGGAGGGAGGCCAAUGAGCGGCUGGCUCUGGAGGCGACCCGUCGCGCGAAGGAGCGGUGGUUGCAGGUGGACUACCCCGUGAUGCUCGCCGAGCGCUUGGUGGCGCGGAGGCGCCGCCUGCCCCCCCCGGAGGCGACGGCGUUGCAGGACAGGGUUCGCAGGCUGGUGGGCUCCUCGCGGGUGGAGCGCACGAUCCGCGUGCCGGAGUUGUGGGUCGACGACAAGACGCUGACAGCUCCGCGCCUCGCGGCCUCCAUGGGCGCGCUGGUGGGAGCGGCGGACGCCGCCGCCGCCCUGCGCCGGCUCAUCAACCAGUGCGCCCCUGGCGGCGCGGACCUGUUCCGCAGACGGUGGCAGCCUCCCGCCCUGCUGGAGACGUGCGGCAUGGUGGCUCCGAAAGCGUUCGUGUACGCGAUCAUUUUGCUUAGCACGUGGCUUGGGCCAGAGGCGUACCCAGAGGGCGUGCGCGAGUGGCCGCCUGCCAUCCCUGCCGCAGCGCGAGCACCGGCCUCCUCCAGCGGAAUGGGUGAUCCGUGGCUCGUUUCCGACGAGGAGCUGGACGCGGAGGGGCCGGCACUGCUGGGCGGGGCCCAAGAAGCGGAGCAGGCGGCGCUGCAGGACUUGGAACGGCAGGCGCUGACGGAUGCAGCCGAUGACCACCCGGGCGAGGAGCAGCCGCCAGAGGCACCGGCGCCGGCGCUUGUCUCAGCGAUGGCAGCGAGCGCCGGCGCUCCCUCUCGCGGCGGCCGCCAGCGCGGAGUCGCCAAGAAGCACUUGAAGAAGGCAGCGCCGAAGCCGCGCGGCCGGACGCUCAAGCGGUGGGGCUCAAGCGGUGGGGUUCCGGCGGGGGUGCAGGUGGUGAGUCGCUUGGCCGUGUGGGGCCCGAAGAUAAAGACACCUUGCGUAGUGCGCCCAUUGGUCAAACGGGGCGACCGCCACUUCUUCCCGCUGUCCGAGAAUAGUUCAUGGCUGCGGCGGGCCUGCGAUGAGUCUCGCGGCCAGACUCACUGGUCCCGUGGUUUCCAGUACGCGAUCAGCAACCUCAGAGGCGUGCUCAAGGAGGGGAUCUUCUCGAAGACGGACCCGAGGGCUCAGUUGCAGGCUUCCGCGCAGGCCGUGGGCUUCGACGAGGAGGACGGCGCGGAGGAUAACAGGCCUCGGCGGCGCGGCGCGCCUUCAAACGUGGACGCCGUGACCGUGCAGCUGGGCGACACAGACCUUUUCGUGAGGGCGCGGGAGAAGCCGUACUUGAUCGAGGCGACGGAGACGUCCAUCAUGGCCGUGAUCAAAUACAUCCAGACAAAGAUGCGCGAGGACAGCGCGACGAUCCGGCUGAGGGCGGAUUCGCGGUCCAAGCCAUCAUUCCAGAUCGCUUCGGACGGGUGCCCAGCGAUCGCGGGCAAAAUCACAUGGCACCCCUCUGUCAGGGCGUGGAGCGCCCACUACAAGACGACCGACAAGGAGGCCAAGAUCAAGAGGCUCGGCGUGAGGGGCCUCGGCAUUGGCGAGGAUUGGGUGAAGAGCAGGAAGGCCGGGUACCGGGAGGCCAUCGUGUUCUGGAACAGAGAGGACAAGAGCACGAGAGAUCGCAUUCCCGUCCCUGACGAGUGA